AGCAAGUGUUUCUUCCAAGAUGGCGAACGUAGUUCGUUCGAAUUUUCAAGUAACACAAUGAAAAGGUAUACCGAGUCUUAUUCUCGGUUGUGAUGUAUUUCAUCAAGGAAAAUUCGUGUUGGUGAUCCGACGUCUUCGGACAUCGCGCGUUGUCGCGCGUGACUCGCGUGGAAGUGAUUACGGGCCGCCUGUGCGUGCCGCUCGUGCGUGCCGCCCGUGCGUGUCUCGUCGUUCAUUUGCCACGAAAGAAGAUAGAAGAAAAAAGAAAGGAAGAAAAGGAAGGGAAUAAAUAAAUAAAGAAAUAAAUCAACGACGGGCAAGGGUUGAGAACAACAACGAAACAACAAUAAAAACAAAAAAAGAAAAGAAAAGAUUUACAUACAAAAUUGCAAGAGGUAGAAGAGGGGGGGGUAAGAAAAUUAAAAAAAAAUAUACAUAUAAUAAAAAGAAAGAGAGAGAAAAAAGUGAGAAGGGUGGUAGAAAGGAAGGAAGGAAGUAAAAGAACCAUAAAAAGAGGAAGCAAAGAAGAAAUUGAAAAAAGACAUAGAUAGAUAGAUUGAUGGAUGGAUAGAUAGAGAGGGCGAGAGAAAGAGAGAGAGAGAGAGAGAGAGAGAGAGAGAGAAACAGAAAAAAUAUAGGAAGAAAGAAAUAUAAAAAAGGAAGAAAGGGAACGAAGAUAGAGAUUGGCUUUUUUAUCCGCAGCAACGCGUGAGUACGCGUCGUCGUUUUUCGACGGGGGCGGAUUGACCGUCUCUGCCGUUACUGCUUUUGCUUCUGCUCCGCCUCCUGCUACUCUUGUAUCGUAUCGUUCCGUCUCGUUUGGCGUUUUAUCGUUAACUUCAACGAGUUUUUCUAUGACCGAACACAUUGGCAAAUACCUGACGCAAGUUCGAAAAUGAGGGAACGUUGCAAGUAAUUUCUAUCAGAGGAAAGCCCCGAGGUACGAAGAUCUCCGUGCAGAAUGAAAUAGAAUAGAAAAUGUCAGAACUUGAGGAAAGUCUGGCAGCGCCGGAUAGUACAACGAGAGAACAGCGUCUGGGUUUCUCUCAUGGAGACGACGUAUUACUCCAGCAUAAAGAUGGAAAAUAUUACUUGGGCACUGUCGUGGAGGUGGAUUUGGCUAGAGAGAGAUGUCUUGUCAAAUUUAUGGACAAUACAUCCUCUUGGUCGUCGGUUAAAGAGCUGACGAAAUUAGCUAUGCCAGAUUCAGAUGUUAUGUGCGUUCUCUGUAAGAAAUCCAAGCCCAAGACCGACAAUGACAUUGUUGUUUGUGAUAAAUGUGGCCGUGGCUACCAUCAACUUUGUCAUCAGCCUCAAGUAUCAAAAGAAGAAACAAGAAGCGAUACGAAUUGGAUGUGUAAACGAUGUAUGGAUAAUCAGACGAGAAAUCGUGAAUCUGGAGAAAUUAAGAAAUGUAUGGUUAAAGUAAAUAUUAGGAAAGUUUGUAGCGGUAGAGAUCAACCUCAACCACCUCCGGAUGAUAUGACAAAAUUACCAUAUGACCCUGAUAUGUUGAGUUGGGACGUACAUCAUCGAGUGAAUGCAGAACAAAUUUAUUGUUAUUGUGGUCUAAAUGGAGAAUGGUACACCCAAAUGUUACAGUGUGCUCGUUGUAAACAAUGGUUCCAUGAAAAAUGUGUUAGUUGCUUAAGGUACCCUCUUUACAGCGGAGAUAGAUUCUAUGUUUUUGUUUGUUCGAUGUGCAAUUAUGGGAAAGAAUUCGUACGACGUUUGGAAUUGAAAUGGGUCGAUUUAGUGCACCUGAUGUUGUACAAUCUGACUGUCUACAAUGCAAAAAAGUAUUAUGAUUUAGAUACGGUUAUUAUACCUUAUGCCAAUGACAAUUGGAAUUCUUUGCAACUUCCACCACGUAUUCGAGAUGUUAGUGUUCAAGUACGCAGAGAAUCAAUACUAGCUAUAUUAACCAAUAAUAGGAAUAGAUUCAAAUGUGGAAGAGAAAUUAAAAAACGUACCACAAUAUGGGGUCUUAGAGUUAGAUUACCACCUCCAUGUCCUAUCGUUAAUCUUCCAGCGUCUGGAAUAAUAGAUGAUUCUGUGUUACGUAGAUGCUGGGGUGCUAAUAAAAGACUACAAUAUUUAUCUCCAUCAGCAGGAUGUAUGCCAGAAAGUACAAAACAGUUAAACGUACUAAAGGAAAGUUCACCAGAAAAUUUGGAAAUUCCUGUUAAUCCGUCAGAUGUGGUCAUGAGAGGAACAAUUUAUCAAAAUUCUGAAGCAGAACAGAGUUCAUGUCCAAGUCCAAGUCCUCCUUCUCAAUCCACGCAAUCUUUGAGAGAACGAUAUAGUGGAGGUGGUUUUGUAAAAAAAACUUUCCCAUUUCCAAAGUUAAGUUUACAAAGAAGAAGAAGAUUAAUGGUAUUGGGUAGUUCUCGAGAAAGGAUGUUACGUAAACAUAAAAAAAGGGAGAAAGGUUGUGGAGAUGGUUCAUUAGGAAAAUCGCAAGGUGUUAGGGAGGCCAGAUAUAGGAAAGCUAGGAAGCUAUUAAAAAAUGCCAUUGCCAAGAGCAAAUCUAGAAAUUCGGAACAAUCGGAUUUACCACCGACACCUCCAACCUCUGUAUCUGGUCCGCCAACACCACCGGCUACCACUUCGGGUAUGUCCGAAUUAUCUGUGCCCAGUUCAAUGGAAUUAAUGCACCCUCUGCCACCAUCGACACCAGCAGAUACAAGUGGCGACGAAACAAGCUCAAGAGGAACAUUAGAUUCCUUCAUUCCACCACCAAAAGAUUUUGAAGGAAAAAACAAUCCUUUUCGAAAUCUCAGCGAUUUGUUGGGUACACCUUGCAGUCUUAAUCAGGCAAGCUCCAGUACACCUUUACCUUAUAAUCAAUGUCCCAUUACAUUGCCUCUUCCAUUGACACCCGUGAUAGCACAACCACCAGUAGUACGUCCAACUAAACGUCAAUUAUCAGAAAAAGACAUUAUCAUAGACAGAAAUGGACAAGUGAAACGAAAAAGACAACAUCGACGUGGUAGACCAUCUCAACAGCAACAACAGCUUCAACAACAAUUUCAACAUACAGCUAGUAAAACCGCUACGAUUUUGCCAGCACGAUAUAACGAAGUUAAAAAUGAAUUUGUGAGAAAUUUAAGGAGUUCGUUCAAUGGUGGUGGUGCUUCAAGCAGUGCCAGUAGUCAAAUUGGAAAUUGUGUAGAUUAUGCCUUAAAUGGAAGAAGAUUACGACAACGACAAAGCAGUGAAAAAUUACCACCACCGGACCCACAGCCACAGAAGAAAUGCAAUGCAUCUUCCUCUCCUAAAUGUUCGCCUAUGAAACAAAGUACUCCUGACAUAUCUUUGGAUGAUCUUAAGUCAUCGGUGAAUAUUUACUUCGGAGCUGCCAACAGGAUAGCAGCAGGUGAGAAGUUUGUGAUCAAGGCAAAAAGGGUAGGACCUAAUGGUCAAACACAGUAUCUCAUCGAAUGGGAAAGUCUUACCACUUAACGGUGAAAAUGUCAUUUACAUCAUGGUCAGGUAAUAAUGCUCGACCAAAUAAUAUUGAGUAGAGAACAACUGUUAUCUGACAAUCUGGAUACUUAGGAUGGGAAUAUCGUAACGAAUCGAUUUGUGUUACUCACUGCCAUUCGUUAAAUACAUUUAUCUAUAAUGAGUAUGUGUAUUAAUUGGUUCAUGAUGUUUGAUUGUUCUUAUAAGUAUAUAUUAUUAGAGUUUAGAUUUUUUAAGCAUACAGUAUAGAUUAAUAAAAUUUAUCAUUCAGAAAUUUUACAUCAUGCAUCGUUGCUGCAUCAUGCAUCAAAAAGAAACAAAAAAAAAAAACCAUCAUUGCUGGUCAAUGAAUUAAAGUUUUCUAGAAAUUUAAAAGUUGGGCUUACUUAUCUUGAUUUUCUUUUGUGCACCACUGAAAUAAUAGUAUUUGAUUCCGUACUAAAAUUAUACCGUCCAAAUUUAUUACCCAAGCAAAUGUUAGGUCAUUAAAGUUGAAUAAAUACUCUAAAAGAGUAUCACGUAAAAUAAAUUUGAAAAUGUACCAAGAACUUAUAAGAAGAAUCAAAUAUGCAUAUACCAGUUAUAUCUUGUAAAUAAUGUAGUAUAGUAGUUUAACAUUAAAAAAUCAAUAAACGUGGGUCAUGUGAAAAGCAAAUGAAGUCACGUAGACUCUGUCUUUGUUAGAGAACAAAUUGAUUGUCUCUCUUUAGAAUUAUAGGGCAAAAACCAUAGUUAUGAUAAAGAUAAUCGUGAAUCGAUGCAGAUGGUUGUUCCUGUCAUUUGAGCUACCGUAAUAGUACAUGUUAGUAGUGUGUAGUACAGAGUAAGAUGAAGCAGACAUACUGCGAAAGAUUAUUUUUUAAUACAAUCAUAAGACAUACGAUCUUCAAUUUCUGCAACUUUACCAUCUUUUAAGUCAUUGCUUCAUACAAAAUACAUGAACACAAAAAGUUUAACAAAUUAUAUUGAUAUUUUACAAUAGACAAUUAUGGUAAAAUGAAUUUAUUUUUAUUACACUGAACCUUCGACCGUAUUCGCAUAGUUUAACUACGAACAUAUAGAUGUCCUAAUGAGGUAGAACUUCUAAUGGCUUAAGAUGCUGAAGAUGCAGAAUAAAUUAUUGCUCCCUAUUACGCAAGACUAAAAAAAGAAAGCACAUGCUUGUUUCAUACCACGUGUAAGUAAAAGAACAAUUACAAUUAAUCUCCUAGAUGUUUGAACAACCUACUCUGCGGAAGUAUAAUAGAUAAUUGACUAAUUUAUCUUCGUUGACUUUUCACACGAUAUAAAAAAUCAUAUAUAAGAUUCUUUAUGGUGCCGGAUGUUUCAUAAUUUGAUAUGUUUUAGAAUCCGUAUUGCACGGUGUCUGUGAUCUGAGCAUACUAAUCGGAAAAAGUAUCCGAUGAAAGCCAAUCAUAAAUAUUGGUAAUGACUUAAUUAUUAUGAGAUUAUAUUCUAAUUUAAAGAAAAAGGGUCACAUAUUUAAUGUACAAUUUUACAAAACAUUAAUCGCUCAUAAAAAUUUUAUGUAAGAAAAUUUUCAGAAAUUUGGAUUGUAUUUAUCUAAUCGCAGAUCUUUGUUUUUUAAUUUAAUUUAAUUUUUAUUAUAAAUAUGAUACUUCUUGCAUACAAGCAUUCCUAUUUUAUAAUGGUACGUAAUGUGGUAAAUAAUCUACAUAAAAAUAUUUAAACAAGUUGCAGUAGAGAUUUAUACUGUGAUCGAAUAUAUAAUUAAAACAGCCGAAAUGAAAACAAAAAAGAAACAAACGAACCAUUCAUUAACAAUAGUAUCAGAUUCUACAGAUACCAUCUUCGUCGUUAUCUUAAAAGCGAUUAACUUUAGACUGGUUUUACAACUUUAAAAUUACAUAUUAGAUAUUGAGAGAAUCUUCAUACGCGGAUGUUCGCGAACGAUUUAUUAUCUCAAUCGCUUAUAUCUAAAGAGAAUAGGUUUUCUUAAUGCGAUUGUGAAUUUAUUGUAUAGCAUUGGGAUUGCAAUUUUUUUGCACUUUGGCCUACGUAGAGAGGCUCAUAACUGUAUUAACAAAAAUGAUAUUGUUUAUUUCAAUAUGUCAGUGGUAUAUUUUUCAUCUAAUUUGACUUAUUGGUUUUUCAAAAUCAUACUUUUUUUUCUACAAAUCCUUUUAUCAAUUUAUUAUAUGAACCAAUGAAUUUCAAUUAAAAUUAUCACUGACGUACCGAAAUCUACGAAUAUUUUCUUUUCUUCUUUCUUUUUUUUUUUUCUUUUUUUAUUAGGAAAUGAUUUAAGUCACACAUAUAUUAUGUUUAUCACUUUAAUAUAUGUAAUCAUAUUGAUUUGUUGCUGUUCUAUUAUCAUCGUGUCGCAUUCAGUUGUUAUAUUAUCAUAAUAUUUAGAAUAUCGAAAUUUUGUCUAGGUUAAAAAAGGAAAAGUUAAUCUCUAAACGUGAUCUAUGUAAUAUUUACAUAAAUUAUGUUUUUCAAGUAUACUUUUCUUUUAACAUACGUAAAAAUAUGAUAUACAACAAUAUUAAAUAUUGUUUCUCAUCCCUAGAAAUAUAUAUAUAUGUGUGUGUGUGUAUACCAUAUAUAUAAAUAACGUUGGACGGAUAUAAAGAAUGGACACUGCCAAACGCUAAUAAGUUAUUUUUCUGAAUAACAAUAUAUAUAACGAUAUUAUAUAUUACAUAUUUUAUGUCGGCAAAUAUCAAGACAAUUUCUUUUUUAUUCAUCUCUUUUUUAUUUUAUUAUUUUUUUCAUCCGCUUUAUACAUUUGCAAGCAAAAUAAAAAAAAUAAAAUAUCGAAUGCAAUCUGAGGGAAAAAGAUCAAUCUUAACAAAAAAGAAAAACAAAGGAACAUGCGUCACAACGAAUAAUUAAUAAAAUUAGUUAUUAAUUAUAAAUUUUUUCUUCUUUUUUUUUUAAUUUACAUAUAUAUAUGUGUGCUCACAUGAGUGAUUUAUUAGAACGCUCUUGAAUAAAUUAAAGUAUAAAAAUAAAAAUAAAAGUAAAGAAAAUAGAUAAUUAAGAGGUAAAUAAGUCGAGAAAAAAUGUUCAUAUCGAUAAAGAAGAAAACUGAAUUUUCAAUACCGCUACUGCUGCUAUCUAUACGGAGGCUUAGGAAUUAAAAAUAAUUGUAUAUUUUAAUGAUCUUCAUUAUUUGAUAAAAAAGUUAAUGAAUUAAUUUAAUGUUAGAAUAAAUCAAUUUUGGCUUGUAAUAACUUAAAUAAGGAAAAUUCUGAUUAAACCAAGAAAGAACAAAGUUUACUGCCACUUAACGUAUGUAAAAUGUAUUACAUACUGUUGUUUGUGGGUACGCGCGCGCGUGUUGCAUGUGUAUGUGUAUGAUGACAUCCCUUUGUUUCAAUUUUCCUCUAUACAUGAUCCUUUUUAAAAUAACCUAUACUUGUGGGAUACUUUUUACAUAUACAUAUGUGCAUAUAGUUGAGAAAUUUUAUAAACAAAAUCUUUCUUAAUCUUUCGAUUCAUUCCACAUGUUAAUUCCAUUCAUUGUAAAAUCAUGCGAAUAAUUUUGUGAGGUUCGAUUAAAAAUCACAUGAAAAUAUUUGUAAUCCUAACCUCAAAGUUUUACAAAAUGGUAUAAGAAAUUUCAGAAGCGUUAUGCCAUAUGCAAAAAAGUAUGUUUCAUAAACAGAUUUAAUAUUUCCGUAUCGCUUUUGCAUAUGUAACAUUAUAUUAAUCUCUUAACGUCGAUCUCAUUGAUAAAUAGUAUAAUAUAUUUAUAAUUGUUAAAUUACUAACUACAUACUAUAAAUAUUCACUAUAAAAGACCAAAAACAUGCCAAAUAUUCGCCUAUGUGUAUAAGCAUGACGCUUCUGUGUCGAUAUAUUACCGACAUUAAUUAAUUUUUCUUUUAUUUUCUUUUUAAUUUUUUCUUUGUUUAAAUAUUCCGUUAAAAAUUUAAUUAAAUAACGACAAAUUGUGAUCAAAUAUCUUCUUUAGAUAAUGUAGAAAGAUAUAGUAUGUGAAUUAUAUACUGGGAAUUUCGAAGUCUGUUCUAUAUCAAACAUGUUCGGUAGAGAGAAAUAAUUUCUGAAAAAGAUUUAAAAAAAUCAUGCUGAUUAACUAUGAAUAGACAGACAAAUAGAGAGAGAGAAAGAGAGAGAGAGAGAGAGAGAGAGAGAGAGAGAGAGAGAGAGAGAGAGAGAGAGA